CAUCUAACAGUUCCUAAUUUUCAAAGUCUUUGUGAUUUAUUCUUAUCCAAAGGGUAUGCUAUAACUCUUUUUGGGUAGUGGAAUCGUAUAACACAGCUUUUCAUUGAACUUUCUUCAAGUUUCUGCAAAGCUUUCUCCUGUCAUGUGUAUCAUAUCAUGUCACUCUUUGUGUGGUACAGAAGGAAAAGGAAGCCAUUAUCAAGGAGGGAAAGGAUAUAGAAAUGGAAGGAACUCAUGCAAAAGAGGAAACCCUACCACCAGGAUUUCGAUUUCAUCCUACAGAUGAAGAACUUGUUACUUGCUAUCUCCUAAAUAAGAUAUCGGAUUCUAAUUUCACAGGCAGAGCAAUAACUGAUGUAGAUCUCAACAAAAGUGAGCCAUGGGAGCUUCCAGGGAAAGCUAAGAUGGGUGAAAAAGAAUGGUACUUCUUCAGUCUGAGAGACCGUAAAUACCCGACGGGUGUGAGAACCAAUCGAGCAACAAACACAGGGUAUUGGAAGACAACAGGGAAAGACAAGGAGAUCUUGAACAGUGGAACAUCAGAAUUGAUCGGCAUGAAGAAGACUUUAGUUUUCUACAAAGGAAGAGCUCCAAGAGGAGAGAAAAGCAACUGGGUCAUGCAUGAAUACCGCAUUCACUCAAAAUCCAGUUUCAGAACUACUAGGCAGGAUGAAUGGGUGGUUUGCAGGGUAUUCAAGAAGAGUGGGGGAGCAAAAAAGUUCCCUUCUUCCAACCAUGCAAGAGCAGUGAAUCCUUACAGCUUAGAAAUAGGGCCAAAUAUUAUGCAGCCACCAGUGAUGCAAUUGGGAGAUCCUGCUGCUCAUUUCCUUUAUGGAAGGAACUACAUGAACAGUGUUGAGUUAGGUGAACUUUCUAGGGUUUUAAGAGGGGGAGGAUCAACAAGUAGUGUCAAUCAACCAAUGCAAUCCCAAUUGGGGUACCCUACAUCAGCAGGAUUCACCAUUUCAGGACUGAAUUUGAAUCUGGGAGGAGGAGGAGGAGGAGCAACAACCACAACACAACCCAUUUUUCGACCAAUGCAAGCUUCUUCUGCUCCUGUUCAUACAAUGGCUCAAGUUCUUGAUGUCAAUUCCAGCAUGAUGACAACCGGAUCUCUUGGUGCAGAUGUAGGUUAUGGAUCAGAAAUGAGUAAUAACAUGAAUUCUCAAGGGAAUAGGUUCAUGAGUAUGGACCACUGCAUGGAUCUAGACAACUACUGGCCUUCCUACUAAAUUCCGAUGAAGAGACCUUCUUUUAGUCUAUUAGGCUCAUUCUGAUACUAUUUAUGACUUUAGUUCCAUCAGCUUUUCUGCUUUUUCUCGUCUUUCCAAGUUUCCUGCGGUUAAAUGACAACCGCUGUCAUAUUGAUCGUGUAUCAUUUCAAUCAAGUAACUUUUUUAAUGUUUGUCUAUCGAUUACUCGUAU